AUGUCGCGUCCUGAUGAUGCAGCCAUCUUCGUCCCGUGGCGGUUGUUAGAAAACCUCGAAAAGCGGGCGCAUCGAGACGAUCGGGGUUCCUCCGGGGCUCCCAAGGGGGCGACCUCCGCGGAGCCCCCGCCUCGGGUCAUGAAGCUGCGCAUGGCGGCGGUGUUUAUAGCGGACAUCAGCGGCUUCUCCAGGCUCGAGAACGUCUUCGAGGGGGCCACCAACCUGGGCGUCGACACCUUCAGCUCGCUGCUCAACUCCGUCCUCGGAGGCAUCGAGGCCGUGGUCUGGUCCCUGGGCGGAUGCGUUGUCCACGUCGCGGGCGACGCGCUCAUCUGCGUCUUCACCGGCGACAGCGACGACGCCAGUGACGACGAGGACGACGCGGAGCACGCCAUCAUGGAGGCUGCCGAGGAGGCUGCCCGCCGAACCAUCGGAGCGUUCGAGUCCGUGUUCAAGAAGAUGGAAUCCAGGCUCGAGAUCCACGGCGCCGUGUCCUGGGGAUCGCUGGACGUCAUCCGGCUCGCGAGUCAGCAGGCCCGGUUAAGUAGAGCGAGCGCCGACGACGAUACGGACCCGGGGACAUACGACGGGGAUGUGCACGAUUCGGCCAACUCCGAUGACCCGGGUUCGCCGAAAUCUCCAACCUCGCGAACACCCGCGGACCAUCGGCACCAGGUGACCGUGUGCGGGGAGGCGCUGAGCCUGUGCGUGGACCUGCUCAAGCGCACCAAGGCUGGAGAGAUAUCGCUCUAUCGCGGGCCCAUCUUACCCCCGGAGAUUAUCAAAGCGGGCGACGCCGGCGGCGGCUUUGUCACCGAGGAGGAGCUCAAGCAGUGGGCGGACCGCUCGCGGCGGGGCUCGCAGGUUGUCAGGGACGAGAGCAGGUGGCUGAGUCACGUCCCAGACUUUUUCCACGUGAGGGUACCCACAAUCAACGGGCACUUUAACGUCAGCGAGGUGCUCACCUCCAGCAAGAUGCACCUCUGCACGCUCUUCGUGAACUUUGUCAACUUUCCCAUCGACGGGGUCGGCCUCGAUCCUGAGCUGCUCAACUGGGCGUACUCCCUGUCAUGCCGCGAGACGAGGGAGCUGGGCGGUCACGUGGACACCUUGCUGUGCGAUGAUAAGGGUUUCGUUUUCAAGGCUUUCUUCGGCCUGGCGGGCAGCAGCGUGCACGAAAGCGAGCUCCGCGGGGUGAUAUGCGCGCUGAAACUCUUGGCGGCGUUCAAGAAGAGGGGGAUAACCGCGAAGAUGGGCGUGGCGUCGGGUGAAUCGUUCGUUGGAGAGAUGGUUGGGGGCAGUGGAAAGUACGUGGGUUUCACGAUGAUGUCCAGCAGCGGCGUGACACUCGCGGCGAGGCUCAUGACCAAGGCGGACCCGGGCGCCGCGCUGGUCUCAUCCUCGGUUUACAAGCAAACGCAGGGCAGCAUUCUGUACAAGUUUGAGAACACCGCGGGCACUCGGACGAUGCGCCUGAAGGGCAUCUCCAAGCCUCAGUUCGUGUUCAAGCCCGUGGCGCACACCGGUGACCUGGAGGGGUCACCGAUGGCGCGCAAUGCCGGGGCGGCGCCGCGCAUUCGAAUAGAGAUGAGAAGCCGACUCGACGAGAUGAUUGAGCGGCUUGCGGGAAGCGGCGGCGGCUCACCGGGCAGCAACGAGUCGUCGCCCGGCCCUUUGGGCGGAGUUUUCGUCAUCUCCGGCGACGCGGGUAUGGGCAAAUCGACCGUGCUGUCCUACGCGCAGAGCGCGGCGGAGAGGCUGGACGGCAUCCUCGUCAUCUCGGUGAAGGGAUCGUCGGUGAAUGUCGCGGGCCCGAUGCACGGCGCUCGGACCGUGCUGAGCAUGAUGCUGAAGCAUUUCGGGGGCGCGGCGGCCGCGGCGCACGCCAUCGACGCGACCCCCGAGGACGUCUCCGCGAUCGCGCUGUGGUCGCCGUCGUCCAGGGCCGCGGUCGUGGAAUGGAUGUGCAACAAAUACGGCAUCGGCGACGGAGACAAGAAGCAACAGGAGGCAAUGGCACUCGUGCAGCUGCCGGUGCACCGCCGCACGUACUUGCUCCAGAGCCUCGUGGUCCGCCUCAUUGCCGCGGCGGGGCCGGUGGCGCUCUUCGUGGACGACGCGCAGUGGCUGGACGAGUUGUUCUGGCGCGUGCUCACCGCCGUCGUCGAGGACGAACGAUGCAGGGAGACUUUCCUGUGCGUGCUCGCCAGGCGACCGGACAAAAAGAAAGUUUUUGAAUUGUUCUCGGCGGCUGCGGAGAGGGUGCAGCAGGCGGUGGGCGGUUGGCGCGACUACUACGCGUCGGCGCAGCUUCAGAGCCUGAGCAAGGAGGAGUCGCGCAUGCUGGUCAGGUGGCACGCGGAGGGACACCUGGAGGAGUCGGCCAUCCGCGAGAUUAUCCGAAUCGCAGAGGGGCACCCAUUUUUCCUCGGCGAGCUCACGCAGGCGGCGUCGCACCUGCCAGAAGAAGGCCGCGACGAGCAGGAAAUAGAUGCAACCAUCGUGUCCGAUACCAUGGAUGGCACCAGCGUCACCAGCGCAGAUACGCUCGAGGGGGACCUGGUGUUUAACCUCAACAAGAGGACAAUGUUAGAGUAUGAGGAGAACACCGAGUUUGCCAAGCUCAUGAGCAACUCGUCCUCGACCAAGGCAAUUCGCCGAAUCAUGCAGACGCAGAUUGGCGACCUGACGCCCAAGCAGCUCGAGGUUAUGAUGUUUGCCACGUGCAUCGGGAUGUCAUUCACGGCGGACGAGGUGGCGAGCACCAUCUACAAGGCGACCAAGGAGGGGACAAGGGGCUCGGUGAGCUCCUUUGGGAAAAACGCCACAUACCCCGAGGUGCUCUCCGCAGUUAACGACUCGAUGGCCACGUUCGUCGAGGCGCGCUUGCUCGAGUUCCAAAAUCAAAACGAGCAGGAGAUCGCGGAUAAUGUACUUUCAAUGCGGAAUGUCAAAUGCGAGGGUGAUGACAUUGGCGCCAAAGACGUGGAAGUGUCUCUAUUGUUGAAGGAUGGCGGUAACAGCGCAGUCUCGCAGCAAUUCAACGCAACAAGGUACAACUUCAAGUUCAGGCAUCAGCUCAUGAGGGAUUCCGUGUACGGGCUGAUGCCAAAAUCGAGGAGAGAAAAGAUGCACACCACGAUCGCGCAACAGAUUGAAAAUUCCGUGAUCAGGAUGAGUAAUCUGCAACGCUGCAAGUGUUGCCAGGGGGUGCGGGUGUGGCGAAUAUCCACUCUGCGGCGUCAGUCACUCGCGACACAACUCGCUGGACAGCACCGCCUCAGCGGUCGACCCGACAAGGCCUGGCGGCAGUACCUCAUUGCGAGCGAGGCUGCCAUCACCACCGGUGCGUACCGUGACGCCAUCGUGCUCAUGACCAGCGCCAUCGAGAGCGCAGAGCUGGCCUUCAACAUGUCAUACAACGCGCACUCAUUCACGGAUUUUAGGAGACCGCAAAAUUUCGACGUCGGCUUGCUGCACUCGCGGAUGGCCUUCAUCUUCACCGAGCUCACCUUCAACUAUGACCUCGCCAUCCGCUCCGCUGUGAAUGGCCUCCGUUGGUUCAAGGUCCCGCUUCCAAAGCAGAUAACACGUGGGAUGGUGGUAAACGAGAUGAUGCUGCUGCACACCGGCAUGAGCUCGCUGGCCCGCGACUAUUCCCGCAUGGCAAGCUCACCCAUCAGAGCUGCGAGAGAAAUUCUGCGAUGCUGGUCCUGUUUGGCGUUUGGUGUGUCUGGAAGCAUGCUCAACGCGCUUUCGUCCGGGGCGCUGAGAGAAUGCCUGGGUUGGGACGAGGAGAACGCCAAAGCCUAUUUGCAUCUGCACACGGCCAACCUCGCGAUGGUCGUGCCCGACUCGCCCGAAUUCGUCUUUGCGAUGUCGAGCGUGUCCGUCGUUGGAUUUUUGGGAUUCAAGAGGACGGCGUCGCUUGCGAUGAAGAAAGCCGCCAAGGCGCUCGAGACUUGGAAGAAAAUACCGAUGGAAGGACACGGCGACAUAGGGACCUUUGCGGAGAUGACGCGCGUUUCCGCGAAGUCGAUGUUCAUGAUGACGAAGGGCUGUCUGAUGGUCUCGGAAGGGAAAGUCCAGGACGGCAUUCGGCUGCUUUCCGAGGCUACGGGGUUAGCGACAUCUUAUGGACUGGCCGUGCUCGAGAUGAUUUCCACGAACUUUUCGAUUGGGAUCAACUCGUUUAUUCUUAACGAAACCAAGCCUGCCCAGGCAAAAAUCGAGCAGCUGCGCAUGCAGGCGAACGCUGCAUCCGGAUUCACCUCGUUUGCCGGAAGAUUGUGGGGUUUACUCUACGGAGCCGCGUAUGACUGGGAUGUGGUUAUUUGGCAAAUUCAGGCACUCUCAGAAUCGGAGCAGUUUCCUGUUUCUCGCAUGUUUCAACUUGCUGCGAUGUCGACCGAUAUAUGCGCUAUCAACGCAGGUGAAAAGCCCAAAGGCCACGGCGAGGGCCACUGUCCGGAAGUGCGACCAGGCGAAAAGCCGCGUCAUCAGUAUUUCCUCGAGGACCUGAUUCCUCGAUUUCUUCAGUACAUACAAUCCUACAAGGUCAACGACUACAUGCCGUGGUCGUUGACGUACUCGGUGGUCUCGAACAUCGCGGUAGCGCUACUCAACCUACUGAUCAUGAGAUGGCACGGAGAGCCGCCAGAUGACUGCGCGCUUGACAGGCUUGUCCCAGCCGUGAAGCUGAUUGAGAAGGUGCUGAUGAAGGGUGCCAAAAUUCAGAGGGUGAAUGAGCUCUCAUUUUGCAUCCUUCUUGUCCUUUUCGGCGAGGCGUUGGAUCCGGAAGGAUUCGCAUCCCAAGCGGGUGUCGGUCGUGAUCGCCUGGCGAGACUCGAGCGAGCGUUGAAGCGGGCAGAUGCCAACAACAGCGCGGCGUAUGAUUUCUGGAUGAUCGUUAGUAACUUUCAUGUGGCUCGGCUGCGGGGCAGGCUCACCGCGUCAUCGGCGCUGUCCCAUCAGGAACGACUUGAAGCGCUUACAAAUGAUGCGGACGUUCCCAUCAGAUUGCGAACUUUCGCGUCGCUCUGCCUCGCGUACCUGCCCACGGAGGUAUCGAGCCUGGAGAAGUACAUAAAGGUGAGAGCCUCGCCGACGCUGAUUGUCGACGGAGGAUCAAGGGCGAUCGCGUGCGGCCUCCUCUGA